UCUGAGGCCAGUAACAUCAACAGUGAGGACAAACCCAGCCUGCUUCUCUCCUUCCACACUGAGUCCAAACCUACAGUCACUGGGUCCUGAUUGUGACAGUGGAGCCCAGUUUGCUCUGCAGGAUCCAGAGAUGACAUCAGUGAAGCUGGAAGACUGCAGUCAAACACUGGAGCUGAAUGUCAACAUUAAAGAUGAAGAAGAGGAGGAGAAAGAUUAGGACAACUGUUAGUCAUGGAUACCACGUUGAGACAUUCUCUACACCCAGAGAGCAACAGCAGGAAGAUCAGAGAGCUAAGAGGUCUCAUCACUGCCCACAUUGUGAAGAGAUUUUCCCAUUUCUAUCAAAGCUAAAAAUACACCUAAAAAUACACACAGGAAAGAAGCCUUACGUCUGCUCUGACUGUGGAAAAUGCUUCACAAUAUCAACUCAUCUAAAAGCUCAUCAGAGAACACACACAGGAGAGAAGCCUUACUCCUGCUCUGACUGUGGGGCGAGUUUCUCUCAUCUGGGCACCUUAAAAACACACCAACGUAUACACACAGGAGAGAAGCCUUACUCCUGCUCUGACUGUGGAAAAUGCUUCACAACAUCAACUGAUCUAAAAGUUCAUCAGAGAACACACACUGGAGAGAAGCCUUACUCCUGCUCUGACUGUGGAAAAUGCUUCACAACGUCAACUUAUCUAAAAGUUCAUCAGAGAACACACACAGGAGAGAAGCCUUAUUCCUGCUCUGACUGUGGAAAAAAAUUUAAAACAUCAAAAGAGCUAAAAGUUCACCAGAGAACACACACAGGAGAGAAGCCUUUCUUCUGCUCUGACUGUGGGGCGAGUUUCUCUCAUCUGGGCACCUUAAAAACACACCAACGUAUACACACAGGAGAGAAGCCUUACGUCUGCUCGGACUGUGGAACUAGUUUCUCUCAACUUUCCCACUUGAAAUCACAUGAACGUAAACACACAGGAGAGAAGCCUUACAUCUGCUCUGACUGUGGAAAAUGCUUCAAAACAUCAACUGAGCUAAAAGUUCACCAGCGAACACACACGGGAGAGAAGCCGUACUACUGCUCUGACUGUGGAACUAGUUUCUCUAAAUUUUCCCACUUAAAAACACAUGAACGUAUACAUACAGGAGAGAAGCCUUACGUCUGCUCUGACUGUGGGGCGAGUUUCUCUCAUCUGGGCACCUUAAAAACACACCAACUUAUACACACAGGAGAGAAGCCUUACGUCUGCUCUGACUGUGGAAAAUGCUUCACAACAUCAACUCAUCUAAAAGUUCAUCAGAGAACACACACAGGAGAGAAGCCGUAUUACUGCUCUGACUGUGGAACUAGUUUCUCUCAACUUUCCCACUUAAAAUCACAUGAACGUAUACACACAGGAGAGAAGCCCUAUUACUGCUCUGACUGUGGAAAAUGUUUUAAAACAUCAAAUGAGCUAAAAGUUCAUCAGAGAACACACACAUGAGAGAUGCCUGCUUACGUCUUCUCUGAUUAUUGGGUGAGUUUCUCUCACCAUAGCAACUUAACACACCAAUGUAUACACACAGUGGAGAAGCCUUACUCUGUGGAGAGGUGGGCUUGUAAGUCAAACGUCUAGCCAAAGGCUGCGUGUUUGAAUCUCAUCAGGGAGGACUUUAGCAUUUUAACUAAUUAGCAACUUUGCAACUUCUUACAAAUUUUUUGCUACGUCAGCAUGUUAGCUAACCUUUCCCCUAAACCCAUUAAACUCUACCUUAAACCCCUCACCCCUAACCUCGCAGCAACAAAUUGGAAUUCGUAACAUAUCAUACAUAUUACAAGUUUGUAACAUAUUGUAUGAAUAGCAAUGCGUAAAAUAACAUAAGAAUUGUAUUAUACGUAUUAUACUGAACAACAAUCUAAACGCAACCAUUUCAAAGAUUUACAGUAUGUAUAAGGAAAUCAGUCAAUUGAAAUAAAUGAGGCCCCAAUCUAU